CUCUAAUUCAGACAGACUGUCAUCAAGCUACAGUGUGUAACGUGUCACAUCACGUAUUUCUUUUAAAUAUAUUGAUUAGUAGAUUGUAAAAUAGUCUGUAAAGAUGAUCACAGACGUGCAACUGGCUGUUUUCUGCAAUAUCCUCGGUGCAGCAUUAUUUUGCUUGGUAUUCCUGUUUCACUACAUAAAUGCGAAUUACUCGAAAUGAGGGAUUAGCACAAUAUUUUGUAAUAUAAUCUGAACCUACUUCAUCAAAUAUUUUCACAUGUGCAAAUGGAGUUGCGAAUCUAUAUGUUGUACUUGAAACUGACUGAACGAUGUAAAUCAUUUAAAUGGCUUUAAUUUUAUAAAUACAUUCUGUAUUAUGUA